AUGCAUGGCCAUUCAUUGUUCCCAUUGUCGCACGAGACGGAGAUAGUCCCAAAGCUCGCCUUCGUAAUCGAUAUUUCAAGAUUCCACAGGCCACCAAUUCAACCUUACACCUGCUUUACUGUAAAUCUAGAAAGAUCCUAUAGUGUACUUGGUACCAGUCCUCGAAGUGUCACUUGUGGUGUCACGACUGACAAAAGUACGGACAACGCAAGCAAGAAAGACCGGAAAUAUAUGACUGAAGAGCCCACACUCCGUGACAAUGUUUCUGCAUCGAUACCAGUUGUUCAACGGUUUGCAGACCAAUCUGUGAUGAAUUUAGGAGCACUCACAACGCGCUUCGUACCAAAAUAUGGCUGUACUCAAUCUGUUUAUGCCUGGGUCUCCGCUGAUAGCGCAAAGAUUCCCUUAGAAUUCUCCUACUUUUAUAUUCUUGGCCCUCAGAAUUACACAGAUUGUUACCCUUCCGACUAUGUAACACGAUCGGACGCAUAUUAUUCUCCUGGACUUUGUCCUUCGGAGUGGUCAUUAGGGUGUACUUCGCAAUCUACGAGUGAUGGACUGAUAGAAACUCAAGCGAUUUGUUGUCCGAAAUACUAUCGCUGCGUGGAAGGGCUGCCUAUCAGCAAGUCCUGGCCUUGUCUGAGCUGGGAGCCCAACUCAAGAACCAUGUUGUAUCCCAAAUCCUUCAACAAUGACUAUUAUAUAACCUCCAUAAAAUACAUCUACAUCCACGCUAAUGGCAUUGGUGUAAGAUGGCGCGAAGGAGAUUUCAUGACCACUUCCACACCAUCGCUAGGAUUAGCACCAACAGCCAACGGAAUUCCACAAACCUCAACUUGGUCCGAAUUGACUACAUCGAACACAGCUUCGGUACCAACAUCCCCGGUAUCAAGUUCGCAGAAACUUUCCAAGAAUACAUAUGCAGGGAUAGGUGUGGGCAUUGGCAUUGCCACUAUAGGUCUGUCUGUCAUAGUCUUCAUGUUGCUAAGAAGACGGAGAAGGUUUAGACGGACCAACACGGUGAACGCAGGAUCAACUGAUCAACAUACGCUCGAGCCGAGACGUGGAAGUAAUAUAGAAGAAGCGGAAAACAUAAAUACGGCGGAGGUUCGUGCUCAUGAGCUUGAAGGAUCACCCCAGAAGAUGAUAGCCCAUGAGAAAUAG